GACAGAUGGAUGCCCGAGCCCCGGUUUGGGUUCCACGCCGCGUCCGUGGUUUGCUGCCCACGAAGGCGGAGGUGGCGAAACCGCACUCUCUCUCCUCCUUCCCGUUCCUCAAGCACCUGGCCGGAGCUAUAUAUAGACGGGCUCUCCCCUCCUGGCUCCUUACAGAUUUGGCUUGGAUUGGGUUGAUUUGAUCGGUGGUGAGGUUCUUGGAGCUGUUUGAUUUGGUAUUCCUUUUGCGGAUUUGGGGAAGCAAUGGCGACCGCGGGGCAGGUGAUCAAGUGCAAAGCCGCGGUGUCAUGGGAGGCCGGAAAGCCGUUGUCGAUCGAGGAGGUGGAGGUGGCGCCGCCGCAGGCCAUGGAGGUGCGCAUCAAGAUCCUCUUCACCUCCCUCUGCCACACCGACGUCUUCUUCUGGGAGGCCAAGGGGCAGACUCCCGUGUUCCCUCGGAUCUUCGGUCAUGAAGCUGGAGGCAUUGUGGAGAGUGUUGGAGAGGGUGUGACUGACGUUGCCCCUGGUGACCAUGUCCUCCCUGUGUUCACUGGGGAGUGCAAGGAGUGCGCCCAUUGCAAGUCAGCAGAGAGCAACAUGUGUGAUCUGCUCAGGAUCAACACUGAUCGGGGUGUCAUGAUUGGCGAUGGGAAAUCGCGGUUUUCCAUCAAUGGGAAGCCUAUUUACCAUUUUGUUGGUACUUCCACUUUCAGCGAAUACACUGUCAUGCAUGUUGGUUGUGUGGCAAAGAUCAACCCUGAGGCGCCACUUGAUAAAGUCUGUAUUCUUAGCUGUGGUAUUUCUACUGGUCUUGGUGCAUCGAUCAAUGUUGCAAAACCACCAAAGGGUUCAACAGUGGCUAUAUUCGGUCUAGGAGCUGUUGGCCUUGCUGCUGCAGAAGGUGCAAGGAUAGCAGGAGCAUCUAGGAUCAUUGGUGUUGACCUGAACCCCAACAGAUUUGAAGAAGCUAAAAAAUUCGGUUGCACUGAAUUUGUGAACCCAAAAGACCACAACAAGCCAGUGCAGGAGGUACUUGCUGAGAUGACCAAUGGUGGGGUUGACCGCAGUGUUGAAUGCACCGGCAAUAUCAAUGCUAUGAUCCAAGCAUUUGAAUGUGUUCACGAUGGCUGGGGUGUUGCUGUGCUGGUGGGUGUGCCACACAAGGAUGCUGAAUUCAAGACUCACCCAAUGAACUUCCUGAACGAGAGGACUCUGAAGGGAACCUUCUUUGGCAACUUCAAACCGCGCACCGAUCUGCCCAAUGUUGUGGAGCUGUACAUGAAGAAGGAGCUGGAGCUCGAGAAGUUCAUCACGCACACCAUCUCGUUCGCGGAGAUCAACAAGGCGUUCGACCUGAUGGCGAAGGGGGAGGGCAUCCGCUGCAUCAUCCGUAUGGAUAACUAGAUUUCGUUGUCUGGUUUCUGGUCUGAGUAAUAAGGUGGCAGCUUGAGGCUGCCCUGCCGAUGAGGCAGACACACGUUGAUGAUGAACCACGCUUCUGUGUAUCACGUCCGGUUUGGCAUUGUCAAUCAGUAGAGGAGCUUCCAAUGUCUGUAAUUACCUACCGGCAUGAGAGUCUUAUGGACACCAUCUUUUGGCGUAAUAUAUGGUACUGUUCUAUGAGUUUCA